AUGAAUAUUACUGUGGGCGUCCUCGCUCUACAAGGCGCUUUUCGGGAACAUCUGCAUCUCCUACAAAGGGCGUCAGAGUACAUUCUCAAAAAUGUGCUUGACGCGAGGCUGGAUAUCACAUUCGUGUUUCAUGAAAUACGCACUGCAGAAAAAUUGUCUCUGUGUGAUGCAUUAAUAAUUCCUGGGGGCGAAAGCACUACAAUUUCCCUGGUCGCUGCCAGGUCCAAUCUCCUGGAGCCUCUCAGAGACUUUGUCAAGCUUCAGCGCAAACCGACCUGGGGCACCUGCGCUGGUUUGAUUUUGUUGGCUGAAUCUGCAAAUCGAACCAAGCAGGGUGGACAAGAAUUGAUUGGUGGACUUGAUGUCCGUGUCAACCGUAACCACUUUGGUAGACAGGUGGAGAGCUUUGUGGCGGAUUUAGAUCUUCCAUUUCUUCAUGGUAUAAGCACUGGCACUGACGGCGCCGGUUCAGCCUUCCAAGGCAUAUUCAUUCGAGCUCCGGUGGUUGAGAGAAUCCUGCCACAUGUCCAAGGGGAGCAGAAAGGGGAGGAACAACGACAAGAUACAGUGAUUGCUCCAUUGCGGCAAGCCGAGGGUGUGGAAGCCAGAAGGGCACUAUCGAAAGAUGUCGAGGUGCUGGGCUUGCUCCCUGACAGAAUCAAGAAAGCCGGCCUCAAAGCUUCCAGUGGCGAGGGCGAAGCGGAAGCGGGUGACAUUAUUGCUGUUCGUCAAGGGAAUGUAUUUGGGACCAGUUUUCACCCUGAGUUGACUGGCGACAUACGCAUUCAUGUAUGGUGGCUAAGGCAGUUGAUGCAACGUGCCGAAGAGUUCGAAAACAGCAGCCUUGCCGACGGCUGA